CUUUGCGGUGACACCAUCGUUUUGCCAGUUCUUCGAUUGCCAUGACGACCCAGUUUUUGACCCAGACGAAGGACCUCUCACAGACCUGCAGUUCACGUGGCUUGGGGCUCUGCAGUAUAUACAUGUAAAGAACGGGACGCCUCACUACUACCGCGUGCCCCGGGUCGUGUUAAUUAGCAGACAGUUUGUGUUGUCAACGGCUGUCGAUGCGGCGCAAAUACCGGACGGCUUUGCCUUAGGCAACAUCGUGUUCGGUGAUUAUGAGCGAGACGAGAACGAAUGCAAGAUCAGCAUUACGGAAAUUGCAGAUGGAACAGAGUGCGAGCCAGCGGUGCUUCUCAUGCCGAUUGCUGACGUGCUGCUGCAUCCGGAGUACAAGCACUUUGGCGUCAGGCACAGCAUCGCUCUGAUGAAGCUGAUCACUCCGGUUAAAUCUCAAUAUAUGGUCCCAGCUUGCUUGCCUUUCAAGAACUUUUUGAUCGGCAAAAAUGGCCGACAAACUACAGACAGUAUCUAUCAUAUUGACUUCAUUUCUGAUGUCCCAAGAGAUUUCAUUGAAGAAGAAAAGGAGAUAUCGAAGUUGAAAUUACUGCCAAGAGAAGUUUGCUACUUAUAUGACAACCCUGUUAAUGUAAGCAAAAUUCCGAAAGGCCGCAUGGCCUGUUCUUCUGGUUGUGGCUUCUACUCUGGGUCACCGGGCUUUGUUCACGAGCACACCGGACAUUGGUCUGUAGUGUCAUUAUCACAAGGUGGAUCUCCAUGUCCGGAUCCCCUGCGUCAACGUAGGCCACCCCCACCACCUAGACACACACUGAUAUAUCCUUACGUACCGUGGAUUACUGCAGCCAUAACGGGAAAAGCUGUCGGUGCAUUUGCUAAAGACGAUCCAUUCGGUUAUAUGAUGCCCCGAGCGUCUGUCUACGACUUAAUUGCGCAUGCAUGGGUGGGACAUUGGUGGAUGGGGGGGCUUCGUUGUUACGACAGGGGCGAGUCUGCUGAUGACAUAUUUCGGUUUUACCAUGAGAUAUUCUCCGUGAAGCCGUCUUCGUUGACCUAUCUGAAUUAUUACCUGGAGAUUGACAGUGCCCAUGACACUAUGGUGAUAUGUGUCAAGGUUGGCCUACCGUACAAACUUGGACAACCCAAAGUAUGGCAACUGGAUACUCCAGAAGUAAAGGUAUUUAUACCAGUGAUAACCCUACAGCACCUUUACAAGUUCCAAGUGGAAGCCUGGGCUUACAACCAUACAGAGUCUGAUUCCUCGCAGACAUCAUCUGAAUCAGAAGAGAGCUCUGAAGAAGAAAUAUACACAUAA